ACCAUCAGAGUGCAAAACACGUUUUAGUGGGGGAAAACAGGUUUGCAAGUUGUGUCUAAAAAGGUGAAAAGCGCUUCGAGUGACAAAAGAAGAACUGGAAACUGGUCUGAACGAGGACAAUACAUUAGGUACAGGUGGGUUUGUGUUUGCGGACCAUAAACCAAAACAAACCACGGAUAUUGAUUCGUUCCGAUGCAUAGCAAAGCCUGAAUAGACUUGCUUGAAGCCCUGCUUUUAUUUUAUCAGCUGCAUUUCUGGCCAGUUGGAGGCGCUGUCGCACCUCCGCAACACAGAUUGCUCCCCCCUCCCCUCCUCCCCGCGGUCGGAUGACUUCACCGUUCCGCCUGGGUUUCCUUUAUGAUCCCGGGAUGUUCCUCCUCUCUCGCCAGACAUCACCCGGCGACGGAGGAGAGCGCACGCACUCGCUUCUAAAGUCCGCGCAUCACAAAGUCCCCGCAAGCUGCUUGUAAGGGCGAAGGCGGAGGGGGCGCACCCGAGGCACAGCUGGCAUCCAACCGCAGGACUUCCAGCCUCCCGACAACAAUAACAACAACAACAAGGUCCCCGCCGCGACGGGAUUUCAAGGCUGCAAAGAGGACGACUUGGAAUCGACUUGUAGCCCCCAGCCAACAUGUCCGAGGUGUUGCCGUACAACGAGGGCAAAAUGAGCGGCUACGGGGCGGACAGCGAGGUCAGCCAGAUGUCCUUCAGCUGCGGGCUGCAGGACACGAGCGCCUUCUUCGCCGGCUCGCAGGCCAAGAGACCCCCGAAGCUCGGACAGAUCGGCAGAGCCAAGCGAGUGGUGAUCGAGGACGACCGAAUAGAUGAGGUCCUGAAGGGGAUGACUGACAAGUCGUCGCCCGGCGUUUAAAGCCCCCCUCCCCCUCUGAGCGAUGCCUUGCAGACUCUUUUCAUUUUGAUCACCGAUUUGAAGCACUUGUCGGCUGUGCAUGUUGGAGGAUUGCGGUGGGUGGAGGAGGAGAAGAGGAAGAUGAAGAAGAAGAAGACGGUGACGCACCAAGUGAGGAUGAAGAUGGAAUGAAACGCGGUGGAAGAAGAGCAGGAUGGAAGAGGUGGAGUGGAAAGAUAUAUCGCUGGCAAUCCUCCAAAACCGAGUCCCGCUUUUUGUUUUCUUUUUCAAAGAGAAGAAAAAUCCACAGACGCCGACUUUAUUCGGAAAGGUGCCGCCUGAACUUGUCAUUCAAAAAAACGCCACCGCCAUGACCCCCUCCCCUCCAGACGCACCGCAAAAACAAGCGUCGGGAUGAAGCUUGACGUUGUACAGUAGGCUCAGCUUUCUGCCCCCCCCCCCCCCUUUCUUGUAGAUGGUGCAUUCAGGGGAGCUGUCCUUUCAGCACCGCUCCAAAUGGAUUCCUGUUGCUGCUUUGGUAUGCCCCCUCCCCCACAACAGACUAACCAAACCCUCAAGUCUACUUGUAACUAAAGGAUAGCAGAUUGUAUGUAAAAACAUAUAUCCGAGGAUGGUGCAAUGUUCAUAUUUUCCGUAGUGGAGCGCCGUUUCUUCUUCUUUCUCCGACGGUUGAAGUCGCGGGUUGCUGUAGCCGCACCUGCGCGCAUCUUUUUACACGGAACAAAAAUAUCAAGGCAACACUUUUGUUUUCGCUCCUGCUCGUCACGUACUGAACUCUAAAAGAUGUACACAAAUAUUCGCAAAUAUUGCUCAGAAAUCUCUCCAAAAUCUUCUCUUUUGUUUCGAGAAUCCUUCCGGAACGACGACUGCACAGGUGUGCCUUACAGUAUCCUACACGGUUUCCGCAAGAAAAGGUCGCUUGAAAUUGUGCAGUUGAAAAUUUAUUGGCUUGGAUUAUUUUGGCAAAAGUGCUCGCAAACAGAUUUUGACAAUAUUUGAGACAAACGGGCUUUUUUGUGUGUGUGUCAAUGGAUAAAAGUAGUCUCCAAUUUUGAAAAAUGGGAGGAAAAUCACACACACUCCAACCCUCACCCUGGCACGCAAUUGUUUUGUUUGUAUUUUUGUUCAGUGUAUUUAUCGUUGUUUGCUUUUAAUUAACAAACACAGGCCAAAAUUGUGGCGAUUCAAGUAAUUCAACUAAAAUAGACAAAAGACUGAUUUUAAACGGCGGUACCUUGACUUUGGAUUUUUUUUCUUCACACUACGAGCUGUUGCUUGAUGGAUUUUCUUUUCAUUUAUUAUAAUUAUUAUUUUGUUUGUCUUGUGUUACGGGCCAACAAUCUGACUCAUGCAUGAGUUUCUGGCUCUAAUUUCGUAAAAACUCUUUCAAGGAGACUGUUUGAAUACAACCCGAUGCCCCUGAAAAGUACCUGGCCAUUUGUCCAUGGGCCGAGUCAUUGAGGAACAAGUUCGACUCUCAGCCGAAAACAAAUAUAGAUGUGUGAGGUUAUACUUAACUUUAAAUACAUUUUAUAAAUGCAAAUAUAUACAACUUUUUUUCCCCCUGCCAGGUAGUGUGAUGCCCUCGCAUGUGGGCAAGGAGGGCCACGGCCGCAGAUGCACAUUCGGCAAUUUAAUUCAACGGGAGAGUCGAACACAAAAAUGCAAAAUGAGUGCGCUCGCAAGGCCACGAGGCCACGCCUCUUAAAGGGACAUGCCACAAAUAAUUCAUUAGACGACAAUUUUUUUCCUUUACAUUCUGCUUUUUUUUAAAAUAAAAUAUAGUGAUCUCUUUCUUCAUAAUAAACAAAAUGGCAGUGUUUUCAGCGGACUGGAAUCAACAAAUAAUUUUUUCAAUCCAUUUAAAUAAAAACUGACUUGAUAAAAAAAUUAAUUUAUGAAAUCUAUAUAUUUUUUAAAAUAUUAAUUUCCCAUCCUUAACACAUUAAAACAUCAGACAAAGGUGGCAUUCUCCCCAAAAACCAACAAUGCAAAGUUUUCAUUAUAUAUAUAUAUAUAUUUCUAUAUGUUUUUAAAAUUCAUCAUCUGAUUUAUCCGCACGCAAAAUUUUACCAAAUAUUUUGCCAAAUAUCGGAAUCACCACUCGUCUCAAAAAUUCCGUAUCGGCCUGGCCCUCAUCUUGAGUUGCGAGCACCGUCAAGGAUUGAAUUUAACUUGUAAGUCAAGGUACAGUUGUAUUUUGGAUAUUUUCAUUUUGCAGUUAGCGAGUUGUUUUACGUCAUGCAUGAAUUCUCACUCCGGUGCCACCACGCUUAAACCCCCCCAAUACCCCCCCCCGCCCCCAAAUGCCUCCAACCCCCGGCACGCUUGUUUUUAAACAAAAAGGUCAUAUUUGUAUUUUUAUAUCUAAAUAUUUGUUAUUUAAAUGAUAUGCUCGUCUAUGGUCUUACAGUUCAUCAACACCAACAAGUUAAAAAAAAAAAAAAGUUUGUAUCCGGGAGACGACGAACGGCGGACGAGACGACGUUCAUUUUUUGCUCUCGUUCGAUUAUCAGCGCUCGGAGGGUUUUUCAAGACUAACUGAAUGUGUCUGGGUUUUCUUUUUGCACACAUCGAUGUUCAACUAUUAGUAACUAAUCGUAUACUGUGACUUGAGCUUCGUUGAUGAAUUUGUUAGAAAACGGCAGUUUUAGAGUAUAUUGCACUGUUUACGAGUACGAUCAAAUAACAUUAUUUGGUCCAUUUUGAACAUUGGGGUUUAUUUUUGUGAUUUUUUUUUUCUUUCUUUUUUUUUAAGUUGGCUUAUUUUGUACCAUCAUUUUAAAGAAACUGGAUAUGGUUUGUUGUGCAUGAAACCUCAAUAUUUUCAAUAAUGGAACAUAAUUUUAUGAAACAAACAAAAAUAUAUAAAA